GAUCUGAUGUGUUUCCGGUUAGUGGCCACUAAGAGUGGUUGUGCAUGAGUAGAGUUCCAGAAAAAAAGAGGUGUCAAACUCGGGUCUGGCAAUGCAGAGGGUGUACGAACGCUGCGCACUGUGUGCUGUCAGUCCUCUCAAAACACGCUCAAAGUGACAGACAACACGCGAGCGUUAUGUCAACAAGUUGAUUUACAAAAUGUACUCACUUUCGCUGGGAAUUAGCGCGUUGACAUGGAUACCUAGAUAACAUUGUCCUGUCUCUUGGUGUAUUUGGAACACAACCGGUUACUAUCCAACCACUGGAGCGAAUAUCAGCUGUUAUGGAAGAGCAGCGGGAUCAGAGUGAAGAUGACACCGUUUCGCUGCCCUCUCCGUCGGCUGCGCACCACACGCACAGAACCACAAACUUUUUCAUUGACAACAUCCUCAGACCGGACUUCGGCUGCAGAAGGGAGCGGGGUGCAGGCGCGCACGCGUCGGACAGGGGAGUGCGGGGUAUUGCUGUGCGCCGCGCGCCUUGCCCGGAUUCCAACUGCAGCAGCGACAGUGUUUCAUCAUCAGCCUCCUCCACCGUUUCGUCUCCGGUCAGCAGUAGGCAUUCCAGGGUAGACGAGGCCGAUAGAGGGAACUCAGCAAAAUCUGGGCUUGUCUCAGCGUCAUCCGUUACUUUGAACAGCCCAGGUGAAACCUCCUCGCCCAGUAAAGACACCCUGUGGCCCGCCUGGGUUUAUUGCACGAGAUACUCUGAUCGGCCUUCAUCUGGCCCAAGGACCCGGAAAUUGAAAAAGAAGAAAAACGACAGUGAGGAUAAACGACCCAGAACGGCGUUCACGGCUGAGCAGCUCCAGAGACUGAAGGCUGAGUUCGGGGCGAGCCGGUAUAUUACGGAGCAGAGGCGGCAGGCCCUGGCGCGAGAGCUCAGCCUCAACGAGUCGCAGAUUAAAAUCUGGUUCCAGAACAAACGGGCUAAAAUCAAGAAGGCCAGCGGUUUCAAGAACGGCUUGGCGAUGCAGCUAAUGGCGCAGGGACUGUACAACCAUUCCACCACCACCGUUCAAGAAAAGGACGGCAACUAGCAAAGACUGAGAGAAAAGGGUCGACCGAGUGAAGUGAAGCAAAACUAAAUUACUUGACCAGACGUUACAAAGGGAGAUUAUUAUCAACCUUUUUGGACGAGCGGGUGACUUUUUUUUUUUUUUUUUUACAAUAUACAAACAUGUGGAAUUAAUGAAAACGUAGCCCUCAUUUUGAUUUUGAGGAUGCAAUUCAAAUCCAGGUGGAUCGCGUUUUGUUGUUCGAAAUUGUCACGUGCCACCAUCGGUCAAAUGGCACUUAACAUUUAAUCUAAAUUCUUGUUUUUACGCUGUUAAAAGCAAUAGCCUAUUUCUUCGUGCCAAAGAUAUUAUUCGAUUAAUGUAUCCAGAUUACAGUACAGGCUACAUUUUUUAAAUAUUUUUCUUUGCUGAUGGGACUUGGGAUAAUGGGAGACUUAUCCGAUAUCAGAUAUUCUUUACAAGAUAUUUAAUAUUGUAUCCAAAUAAAAACAUUUUGUACCUGCAAAACGUGGCCUCUGGACUUCUGUUUAUUUUCUCUUUAUUUUAUUUUUUCUUGUACCGGGAAUCAGAGACAGACAGAGCGUCAACGGAGUAACCAAAGUCAUCACACUUGUGUAGUCAAAUUUGUUUCGCCAUUACUCAAGUUUCUCACAAUAAAACGACUCUCGCAUGACAGGCUGCGCAGUUUAUAUAGAAAUAUGUAAUGCAAGUAAAACACAAUGAAAUGUAACAUCUCCACACAGACAGCGUGAUUAUUUCACAUAUAGUCUGCUGCAUUUUAAAUACAAAACACAAUC